AUGUCAGCCUCAAUUCAGAGAGUCCGCCAGCUGUCUGACCAGAUAGCUGGCCCAAAGAAGCCAUCCGCUCGAGAUGCUCUACUGGGCGCCCGCAGCCCAGCAGACGUGGUCAUAUGUCUCGCCUUGCGCACGCCAUUGACCAAAGCCUACAAAGGCGCCUUGAAAGACACCGCGCUGGAUGGAUUACUCGUCCCGCUUCUGAACGCAGUGCGCGAAAAAUCCACGCUCGAUCCCCAGCUUAUUGAGGAGAUUGUCGUGGGCAAUGUGCUGCACAAGGAUGCGACCUUCGUCACGCGAGCAUCUUGCGUGGCGGCUGGAUAUCCGGCGUCUACGGCCAUCUCCACAGUGAGUCGUUGGUGCUCUUCUGGCCUGUUGGCAGUGGAGAGCGUCGCCAACAAGAUUGCUACCGGCGGCAUCGACAUCGGGAUAGCUGUUGGUGCGGAGAGUAUGAGUACCAACCCGGACAACGGCGCUCCAGAGUUCUCAGCGAGCUUCAUGGCGAAUCCUGUCAUCAAGGACAUCACGCAGUCCAUGGGAUGGACAUCUGAGAACGUGGCAGGCGACUUUAACAUCUCGCGCGAGCUGCAGGAUGAGUUUGCAGCCGAGUCGUUCCAAAAGGCCGAGGCUUCACAGAAACAAGGCUGGCCGGAUGACGAAAUACUUCCCAUGACAACGGUUUGGAAGAACCCCAAGACGGGCGAACUGGAAACGGUGCAAGUCACGCGCGAUGACGGCGUCCGAUAUGGGACGACCAAAGAAUCACUCUCCAAGAUCCGCGCUGCGUUCCCCCAGUGGCCGCCUGCUACGACCACUGGCGGUAAUGCGUCGCAGUUGACUGACGGUGCAGCAGCCGUGUUGCUGAUGCGCCGUGAUGUUGCCGAGAGACUGGGCCAACCGAUUCUGGCGCGAUUUGUCCUGUCUACUGCCGCCGGUGUAGAUCCGCGUGUUAUGGGUAUCGGGCCAACAGUGGCGAUACCAAAGUUGCUGAAGAAGGUGGGACUGUCAAAGGAUGACAUCGACGUGUUUGAGAUCAACGAGGCUUUUGCCUCCAUGCUUGUGUAUUGCACACAGAAACUAGGCCUCGAUAAAUCACGCGUCAACCCUCGCGGAGGAGCCAUCGCUUUCGGACAUCCGUUGGGAUGUACUGGAGCCCGCCAAAUUGUCACCGCCCUGUCUGAACUCAAAAGAACUGGACAAAAAAUCGCCGUCACAUCCAUGUGUAUCGGUACAGGUAUGGGAAUGGCCAGCUUGAUAGUUUCAGAGGUGUAAUGCAAUGUAGUUUAGAAAUGCUC